AGAAGAGCGGCAGGUGGGUAUAUAAGAGCGCGAGCCGGCUUCCCAGCUCAGUCCGAGACGCGGCUGGAAGCGAAGCGAGUGCGAGCGCAGAUACCCCAGAGAGAAACCGCUGCAAAAACUUAAUUUUCCCCAAACAUUACUCAGUUGUUUCAUUUUGCUAUAGGAGACCUACGAUGUCUUCAGCUAAAGGAUUAUCAAUCGGCAUCGACCUGGGCACCACCUACUCCUGUGUGGGGGUGUUUCAGCAUGGAAAAGUGGAAAUCAUUGCCAACGACCAGGGCAACAGAACCACUCCCAGCUAUGUGGCCUUCACAGACACCGAACGGCUCAUCGGAGACGCCGCCAAGAACCAGGUGGCCAUGAACCCCAAUAACACCAUCUUUGAUGCCAAGCGGCUGAUCGGCAGAAGGUUUGACGAUCCUGUAGUGCAGUCCGACAUGAAGCACUGGCCCUUCAAAGUGAUCAGUGAUGGAGGAAAGCCCAAAGUUGAGGUUGAGUACAAAGGAGAGACCAAGGCAUUCUACCCAGAAGAAAUCUCCUCCAUGGUCCUGGUGAAAAUGAAGGAGAUUGCAGAAGCCUAUCUGGGGCAAAGAGUGACAAAUGCUGUCAUCACUGUUCCCGCGUACUUCAAUGAUUCUCAGCGCCAAGCCACCAAGGAUGCAGGAGUGAUUGCUGGGCUGAACGUGUUGAGGAUCAUCAACGAGCCCACAGCGGCUGCGAUCGCCUACGGCCUAGAUAAAGGCAAGAGGGGGGAGCACAAUGUCCUGAUCUUUGACCUGGGUGGAGGCACCUUUGACGUGUCCAUCCUGACCAUCGAGGAUGGCAUCUUUGAGGUGAAGGCCACAGCGGGAGACACCCAUCUGGGUGGCGAGGACUUUGACAAUCGCAUGGUCACUUACUUUGUGGAGGAGUUCAAGAGGAAAUACAAGAAGGAUAUCAGUCAGAACAAAAGGGCGCUGAGGAGGCUGCGCACAGCAUGUGAGAGGGCCAAGAGAACCUUGUCUUCCAGCUCCCAGGCCAGUAUUGAGAUUGACUCUCUGUUUGAAGGCAUUGACUUCUACACAUCAAUCACCAGGGCACGCUUUGAGGAAAUGAAUUCUGACCUCUUCAGAGGAACUCUGGAACCUGUGGAAAAAGCCCUGAGAGAUGCCAAGCUGGACAAGUCGCAGAUCCACGACAUAGUGCUGGUGGGAGGCUCCACUCGAAUUCCCAAGAUCCAGAAACUGCUGCAAGAUUUCUUCAACGGCAGGGAGCUGAACAAGAGCAUCAAUCCGGACGAGGCAGUGGCCUACGGUGCAGCUGUUCAGGCAGCCAUCCUAAUGGGCGAUACCUCUGAGAAUGUUCAAGACUUACUUCUGCUGGAUGUGGCUCCAUUGUCUCUGGGCAUCGAGACGGCGGGAGGAGUCAUGACUGCUCUUAUCAAACGUAACACUACCAUUCCCAGCAAACAGACCCAGACUUUCACCACCUAUGCUGACAACCAACCAGGGGUCUUGAUCCAGGUGUAUGAGGGAGAGCGAGCCAUGACUAAGGACAACAACCUGCUGGGCAAGUUUGAUCUCACCGGCAUCCCUCCGGCCCCACGGGGGGUCCCCCAGAUUGAGGUGACCUUCGACAUUGAUGCAAAUGGCAUUCUGAAUGUGUCAGCAGUUGACAAGAGCACUGGAAAGGAGAACAAGAUCACCAUCACCAAUGACAAGGGUCGUCUGAGCAAGGAGGAUAUAGAGCGGAUGCUACAAGAGGCAGAGAGGUACAAAGCUGAGGACGACCUUCAGAGAGAGAAAAUCGCUGCCAAGAACUCUCUGGAAUCAUACGCCUUCAACAUGAAGAGCAGCGUGGAGGAUGAGAACCUGAAAGGCAAGAUUAGUGAGGAUGACAAGAAAAAGGUCAUUGACAAGUGCAACGAGGCCGUCACUUGGCUGGAGAACAAUCAGCUGGCUGAGAAGGAAGAAUAUGAACAUCAGCUGAAGGAGCUGGAGAAAGUGUGCAGCCCCAUUGUCACCAAGCUGUACCAGGGAGGGAUGCCAGCUGGGAGCUGUGGCAGUCAGGCUCGGUCAACUUCUGCGUCCAGCUCUCAGGGCCCAACCAUUGAAGAGGUGGAUUAAACAUUGCAAAAUUUUGUACAACAGAAUUGUAAUUACACUCUUUAUCUUUAAAGUUUCAACUAUUUUAUGUAAAAGAAUUAUUUAAGCUAUUGUACCUUUAUUUCCAGAUUACAGAAAAUGUACCUUUUUAUAAGUACAGAAAAUGCCUUAAUUGAGUGUUGUUUACCAUUUUCUUUAAUCCUGAAUAAGGUUAAUUAAAAGAUAUAUAUAUAUAUUUCAAACUUUCAAA